UUCAUUUUACUUCAUUUCACUUCAUUCAGUCUUCAUUUUACCACUGAUCACAUUUACUUCAGUAGGUUUGAUCACAGUUGGGAACUACACUGGAAGUUGUCAUCACAUUUUUCCAAACGUCUUUCUGGUUUCUGGCAGAAGCUGAGAGCCAUGGCUCGUGGGCAGCAGAAGAUUCAGUCCCAGCAGAAAAACGCCAAAAAAGCGGCCGAGAAGAAGAAGGGCCAAGGCGCCGACCAGAAAACAGCGGCUAAAGCGGCGCUCGUCCACACCUGCCCCGUCUGCCGCACGCAGAUGCCCGACCCUAAGACCUUUAAGCAGCAUUUCGAGAGCAAACACCCCAAGUCUCCGAUGCCCCCUGAGCUGGCUGAUGUGCAGGCGUAAAGGACUGCUCCAUGGACCCUGGAACCGGAUCACCACAGAUGACUUUUUGAUCUGGAGAGACCACGUCGAACUCGAACACUGGUGACCCCUGCAGGCGGAGGAGAGACCUGCGGGUCGUGAUGGUCGUGCGUGUGUGCUGUGUGUGUACGUUUGUGAUUCUGUGAAAUUAAACUCAACGGAGGGGCAAAAGGACACCAGCUACACCACACUUUUAUAUUUAUUAUGUACAACUACCUUAUGUUUUCAUAGAAGGAGAGAGGGCCUGAUCCACUACCGCAGAAACGACCACACAGGGCUUACACAGAAAAUGGUUACUAGGUUUAUUUACACGCUUGAUUACUGAACGAUCGAUAUUUGACAAGUUUCCACCAAUUUGUACAGCAAAAUGUUUAGAAAUAGUCUAAAAAAUGUGCGUAUUUGAAGUCGUGAGAUCAUUUCCAACGUUAUAGGGUCCAAAAAAAGCAACGUACGAGUCAAGAAAUGUACAAAAAUUUUCACAAAAAUAGUUUAUUUACUUUAAUGUUGACAUGAAAUUUACUACUUUGGGACCAGACUAUUAUAAAAAUUCCCAAAACCUGUAUAGCUUGGUGGAAAAAACAACUGGCAACGGCACAAUUUGUAACAUGAAGUCUACUAAUAUGCAUAAAAUUUGACAUUUCUAAGUAUAAACAAAACAGUAUGAUACCCUCCGAAGAAAAGUAUUUAGUUCCUUUAACAUCAGCCAUCAUACAAUCGUAGUAUUCAUUGACUUUUUAGUUUAACAAUAAUAAUAAUAAACUCUGCUACUCUGUCCACUGCUGCUUCACAACUGUACCUCAGCAAAUCUUGUGUAUUUUUCUCUAGCUCGAACAUUACCUGCAAUAAAAUCAUCUUCGACAAUGUUAAAUUCAGCUGUUUGCAUUCCAAGCCCUAUUUUGUUUUUUUGUUUUUUUUUUUUGAAUGUUUCUUGAUAUAAAAACAUAUGAAGCCCCCCGAUAAUAAUGAGAAGAAAUUACCGUUAUUAGUCCCUAUAGUUUCAAUCAUGAGCAAGUAAAAUGUCCACUAAUUGAGUUCACUGUACUUUUUUUACCCUUUUGAAUAAACUCAAUGUAUUUAACAUGA